AUGGUGUCAACAUUAGAACUUUACAUUAUCCCUGGAGAACUUUAUCCACGACGAGUGACGAUAUACCUGGCGGAAAAAUGCUUGAGCCCGAACGAUCUGCAGGUGCAAAUCACAGCAGUCUCAACAACUCUGACACUUCAAAUGGCUGCACCGGGGAAACCUCCUGGCACUGGUCAGACACUUGCACUUGGUGAUGGAACGUUUAUCCACCAGUCAAUCGCUAUUCUAGAAUAUCUGGAAGAUAUGUGCGACAGAAAUAUAGACUCGCCAGAGAUUGCACAACCGAGCAUGCGAGGAACGACGCUCAGAGAAAGGGCUACAACGAGGGAGAUGAUGCAAUUGGCAGACGAAGCCACUAGUUUGUUCUCCUUAGCGUGUCACAAAGGAAGUGGUAUGUUCUCGAUG